CCUCCUUCCGCCCCCUCCACCACUCAGAAACGGAAUUUAAAAAAUCUUUAAUAUCUUUCCAGCCUCCAUUGCUGCAGCGCGGACACACACACGCACACGCAAUCAGGCAGACACACACUGUGGGCCUUUAAAGCGUCGCCAGAAGAAGAAGAAGAAGCAGAAAAACUCCGAUUUGAGAGCAGCUUGACAUCACUGAGCGGCGGAAUAAAGAGGCUGGAGUGGACGCACUGACAUCGUGACACCAGCAGCAGCAGCUCCUGUGUCUGUGGAUUCCUAUGCGCUCUCCUGAUUGUGUAAUAUAGCGGGAUUUUUUUUAUCAUCAUCUCCUGCAAAGCGGCCAAACCUGCAUCCGAGAGCGCACGGAGAGCAAGAGAGGAAGAGGAGGAGGAGGAGGAGGAGGAGGGGAAACCAGGAGGGAUCGCGGCGUUCAUCACAAUUUAUUUUCUCUUCCUAUUACAUGGCGCAAGGGCUAAACAAACGGGACCGUCCUGGGUGUGAUACUGCCUCGGUGAAUUUGGAUUUCCAAGCAGCAGCAGCAGCGGCGGCAUCAUCCUCCUCCGUCCACCGAACCAGCAUCCUCGGCUGCGGCGGCGGCGCCCACACCGACUCCUCGUCCUCCUCCUGCCGGCUCCAUGUCGAGUGAUGGUCGGCUUGCCUUGCUGGAUGCUCCCCGCUCUCUCCGGAUCGUCGACGACCGAACCUCCUCUGACCGCAGACCCCCAUUUUCGGCGGAAAGCUUCCCAGAGCUAUAGGGCUACAUAUGGAAACUGGGGAUCAAAAUUUUAGGAAAAAGGAAAAUCUAAGCGGUUAAUUUUUUUAAUUUUAUUUUUCAUUUUGAUUCGAGUUUGUUUUUUUUUUGCGUCUUUUCACGCCUGCUGGUGAAUUAAUUUAGUCCUUGAGCCUUGGUUUCCUCAUUCCACCGGCUUGAUUUGUAAGAUUUUCUUUGAACCCCUACAAUAGGCGGUUAUAAAACACCAGAGAUUUGCUUUUUUUCUUUUCCUCUCGACAGGACUUGAAUCGGUCCAUUUGUUUACUCUCUUCUGUUAUGAUAGAUUCUCCUGUUUUCCUCUCCAGUUUAUCACCUCCUUGCUUUUCUUCCUUUUCUGACUAACCUCUAGAAUAACACUAUAACAAUAAUAUUACUAAUACUAGACUUUAGGAUAGCUUUGGAUAGCUGCAGUUCUGAACGCGCAAUGUUCUCGCCUUUUGACUAACUCAUUGUAACAGACGUAUUGAACUGUUGUACUGUAAGCCUGCCAUUAAUCUGACACCCCUCUUCGCCCUCUCUGCUCCAUUUGAGCUCAUGUAAAUCAGCUGUAACCUUCCACAAGUCAACAAACAGGUUGUUUUUUUGAAGAACAAAACCUCACUUUUGGUGCGUUUUUACGCGCGGCUCCGCAGGACAGAAUUAAUCCCCUCACAGCUCGGUGGUUUCAGUCACAUUUGAAGCUGUUCUCGCUGCUACAUCUGCAGCUGCAGGCCCGCUGAGCUGCUGCCGUCCUCUUUAUCCAGUUUGGGUGUUAAAAAAAAAAGUACCAGAGAGGAGAGGCACCGCCACCACCGCCUCCUCCUCUCUCCCCCUCCAACAAACCGGCCUCAGUUUUUUCUCUUGAUUCGGUCCUCACCCAAACGCAACCAUAAGGUUCCUACCGCAUCCUCCUCCUCCUUCUUCCCUCUCCUUCCGCACGAGUAUAUCCCGUUUUUUCGGUUUGGUUUGGUCCCGCAAAUUUUCAAAUAUUUACUUCUUGUACAUCAAGAGGAAAGGGGGUCCCCCUUUCAUGGAAUGCGGAAACAUGGGGCUGUUCGACCGCGGAGUCCAGAUGCUGCUGACCACGGUGGGAGCCUUCGCGGCCUUCAGCCUCAUGACCAUCGCGGUCGGCACGGACUACUGGCUGUACUCCCGCGGCGUCUGCAGGACCAAGUCCAUGAGCGAGAACGAGACCAGCAAGAAGAACGAGGAGGUGAUGACCCACUCGGGCCUGUGGAGGACGUGCUGCUUGGAAGGAAACUUCAAAGGGAUGUGUAAACAGAUAGACCACUUUCCAGAGGAGACAGAUUAUGAAGCAGACCCAUCCGAGUACUUCUUACGUGCGGUUCGAGCCUCCAGCAUCUUCCCCAUCCUCAGCGUCAUCCUGCUCUUCAUGGGAGGUUUGUGUAUAGCUGCCAGUGAGUUCUACAAGUCACGCCACAACAUCAUCCUCAGCGCAGGGAUCUUCUUUGUGUCCGCAGGCCUGAGCAACAUUAUCGGGAUCAUCGUGUACAUAUCAGCCAACGCGGGGGACCCUUCAAAAAGCGACUCCAAGAAGAACAGCUACUCUUACGGCUGGUCCUUCUACUUCGGCGCCCUCUCUUUCAUCAUGGCUGAGAUGGUGGGCGUCUUGGCCGUGCACAUGUUCAUCGACCGCCAUCGACAGCUGCGAAUAGGGGCACGAGCAGCCGACUACCUCCAAGGCUCGGCCAUAACGCGGAUCCCCAGCUACCGCUACCGCUACAGGCGCCGCUCGCGCUCCUCCUCCCGCUCCACAGACCCAUCACAUUCUCGCGACACCUCGCCGGUGGGCCUUAAGGGCUUCAGUGCGCUGCCAUCUACGGAGAUCUCCAUGUACACGCUCCCCCGGGACACCCUCAAGUCCUCCGGCACGCCCACCGCCACCUACAACUCUGAGAGGGACCACAACUUCCUGCAAGUCCACAACUGCAUCCAGAAGGACCUGAAAGACUCGAGCCACACCAACACAGCGAACCGCCGCACCACGCCUGUAUGAGGGAGUCGACACAGGCCAGGCCAGCCCGGCUGAGACCAGGAGACACGGGAACCCCUGUGGGUGCAGAACGCCCCAGGAGAAGAUGGAUUUCCAUGUUUAUAGACAUUUGUUCUUUUUGUUCAGCUGCAUGACUUUCCAUUGCCAUUGUUGAGGGAGUUUCAACAAGUCUGCUGUGUUCCUGGAUUGAAUGGCAGAAGAGUAAGAGUGGGUCAGGUUGUCCCAAGAGAGUGAGAUCUGUCAUCUUUUUGCGCAGGGUUUGUUUAUGAGAUUCAGGGCACUGACAGGGACGGGGUGGGAAGGUUGGGCAUUUAUGAGAUAAAGAAUUGAUUUCAUGAUUUCAUUGCCCUUUGGUUUGACAGUUUUGCCCCACAAGUUUGGUUGGAGCAACAGGUCAAGCUCCCCCUCAGCCAGCCCGCCGCUCAGACACACCUCUUUAUUUAUUGACUCAUUUGUUCAUUUUUUGCAUUAAAACUGUGAAUUGUUACAGCUUGGGAUUCAGUAAGAAUUACCCCAAUCUGUAAUCUCUAACAAAGGUACUAUAUAUAUAUAUAUGUAUUACUUUUAUAAAUAAAUUAUUACGUUAAUAAUCAAGAGAUAACAGACUUUACCGAAGCAAAAAAGAAAAAAAAAAACAAGUUAACUAAACCAAGUGCUGUUGGUAACACGAGAAAAGACUCUUUUAGUAUCCGUUCAAUCGAAGGUCGAGAACAAGAGAAGGUGCUUUAGGUAGCAGCAGUGCAGCGACUGAUGCCGCCAGAGGCAGACGCAGACAGUCAACAGUAGAGUAAUAUCUAUUCUUUUAAUAGAACCUUCUCGUCUUUUUCUCAGUCCCUGUUCGCUUUCUUUUUUUGGGGGGGUCGUUACGGGAGAGUCGAACCCCUUUAACAGAAAGAGCCAACCGAAGGGGUCGCAAAGCAAAGACUCCAAACACGACUUCUGCAAAAUAAAAAAGGAAGGAGCAGAGGGGAAGGAAAAGAAGAGGACGCCAAACACAAAAAUAAAAACAAGUUAAAUAUGAAAUAGUACAAGAGAAGCUAAGUGACUCACAAUUUCAGAAAUUAAAUGCAUGCUAUAAAAUUACAGCAAAUCUGCUCUUGAGAAACUUAAGUUUUAAAGGUUAAUAAUUAUAAGGGGAAAAAAAGCAAAGGCGCUAAAGUAUUAAUGUUUUCAUGUGUAACUUUCUUAUGUUUUCUUUUUUUAUUUAUUUAGUUCAUUUUAACUUAUUGCUUUUGUGAGACAAACCAAACAAUCUACAUUGAACAAAACUGCUUUUUUAAAUGGUUUGGUUGAGUUCUUUAUAAAUAUAUAAAUAUAUGUAUGUAUGUAUUUUAUUUUUAAAACUCACACAGCCUUAGUCAUUUCUUUGUUUCUUUUGAUUUUUAAUGUGUUGUUCAAAUUGAAAAAUGAAAUCUUUAAAGGUGCCAAAACCGAAUGAUCCUAUACUUGGAUGCAUCAAGUCCUGAUGAAUAAAAUACGAACCCUAGGGGGAACAAAUCA